AAUGCUGGGUUCUGGGGUGGAGCUCGGCUCGGCUGAUCUGGAUGUGCUGCUGUGGGGGAUUCAGACUCGGGAUGCGAGAUACGGUGGGCUGGGGGUGUUGAGAUGGGUGUUACUAGUUGCAAUUUAGGAGGCCGCAAGUGUGCUUAGUUUGAAGGUGCUUGGUAGAGGUGCUUGGUAGAGGUGCUUGUUAGAGGUGCCUAUUACGUGCUUAGUGUUACUGUGUGUCUGUGGUGGUCAGAAAUAUCUGGACAUUGCAUUACUGGUUGCCGUUGGUACGGUUGGUCAGCCCUAAGGUAUCUUCGACGGAAACGUGGAUCGGCGCCCGGUCCAAGCUCACUUCAACACCACAUCUCUCCCACCACCAUGCACCCAGCCCGCGCGCCCAUCCGCUAUGAAUGGGCUGAAAUCACGGACGAGCGGUGACGCGCCGCAGCUGCCGACGCCCUCGUCGACGCCCGAGCCCGACGACAAAGCGCCCGCACCCGACGACGCCGUCUCCGACUCGAGCGAGAAGGUCCGGCCCAUCACGCGCCCCGGCGAUGCGCGCCGCAGCAGCGUCUCCGAGCACGACCGCGGACUCCGGCUCAGUCCGCGGCAGAUGCACGAGCUGACCAGCGAGGCGGCGAGUCUGCCGCUGCGCACGGCGUCGCCCAUCCCGGAGGACGUGCUGGAGAGCGGGACGGAGCGCGAAACGGACGGGGGGAGUGAGAGCCAGGCAGGCGACAGGCAGGACGUGCGGCUGUCCAGCAGCGAGAAGCACCCGCGGCGCAUCGAGAAGGAGGUCGUCGUGCUCAAGACGCCCGGGCACGGCCGGCCCGGGCUCACCUCGCGCUCCGUCACGACGCCCGUCAUCCGCCGCAUGGACUCGACGCGGUCGCGCGCGCAGACACAGACGACGUUCGACCGCGACGAGCGCAGAGACGACCGCCGGCUCGCGCCCUCGCCGCGCCUGGAGCCCGCGCCGCCGCCCGCGCUGCCCAUGCCGCCCAUGUCCAUGCCGACGUUCCUGUCGCUCGAGCUGGCCGCGUCGCGCCCGUCGCCGCUGUACAUCUACCGCCCGUCGCACGACGACUUCCCCUACGAGUCGUCGGCCGUCAAGUACGAGCGCCUGCUCAACUUCCUGCAGAUCCCGUACCAGCUCGAGGGCGUGCUGGCCUUCGGCGCGCUGGCGUGUCUGGACGCCUGGAUGCACGUCAUGACCAUCCUGCCGCUGCGCUUUAUUCUUGCGGUGGGCGUACUGACGAAGUGGUGGGGCUCGGUGAUUGUAAAGGAGUGCCGCGACCUGUCUGCAUUCAUCUACAGCGGCCUGCCGCGCGUGUGGCAGCGCAGACACGCCGACACGCCUGCUGCCACGCCCGCCGCCACGCCCGCCGAGGAGAACCCCCCUCCUCUGUCGCGCAAGCCCUCCGCCCGGCCCGGCGAGAAUGUGACGACAUUCAAAUUCCCCGACCCCAAAGACGCCAAGCCCAAGCGCGCCCGCAACUCGCGCUUCCGCCACCGCCGCACAAAGUCCACGCCCUCGCUGCUGCUCCCCAACCACAAGGCCGACAUCCUCAAGGGCCUGCUCGUCGUGUCCAGCUGCGUCGUGCUGAUGCGCUUCGACGCGAGCCGCAUGUACCACGGCAUCCGGGGGCAGUCGGCGAUCAAGCUGUACGUCAUCUACAACCUGCUCGAGGUGUGCGACCGGCUGCUGUCCGCACUCGGCCAGGACAUCCUCGAGUGCCUGUUCAGCCGCGAGACACUGGACCGCGCGCCCGACGGCCGCAGCAAGGUGAUCCGGCCGUUCUGGAUGUUCGUGCUCGCGCUGGUCUACACGGUACUGCACGCCGCCGCGCUGUUCUACCAGGUCAUCACGCUCAACGUCGCCGUCAACUCGUACUCGAAUGCGCUGCUGACGCUGCUGCUGUCCAACCAGUUCGUCGAGAUCAAGGGCACCGUGUUCAAGAAGUUCGAGAAGGAGGGCUUGUUCCAGAUCACGUGCGCCGAUGUCGUGGAGAGGUUCCAGCUGUGGCUGAUGCUGCUGAUCAUCGCGAUGCGCAACACAGUAGAAGUAGGCGGUCUAUCUCUCCACUCCAGCAGCAGCCCGUCCUCCUCUUCAUCCUGGACCUCGCUCUUCUCGACCCACAACGCCACCGCCAACCCCUCCGCCGUCACCCCAAAAGGCUUCACCCUGCCCCUCCUCCCGCAACCCCUGACCUUAAUCCUCUCCCCCUUCCUCCUCGUCCUCGGCUCCGAAACCGGCGUCGACUGGCUCAAGCACGCCUACAUCACCAAGUUCAACCAGACGAAGCCCCUCGUGUACGCAAAGUUCUUCGACGUGCUGGCCCGCGACUACUACGCGGCUGCGUUCACGGAUCCGGAUCUGACGCGGAGACUCGGGUUGCCUGUUAUCCCCUUGUCGUGUCUGUUCAUAAGAGCCGCGGCGCAGGCGUACGGGGUUUUUGUCGCGAGCUACGCGCCGGUUGUGGUGCCGGGGGUCGGCACCGGUCUCGCCGCUGCAACAGAUGCACCUCCAGGCCCGCAGCCGUGGUACUCACUCACAAUCCCCCCGUGGCUCGCAGCCCGCGCACCACAGAAUCCCUGGGCAACCGCACUCACCCUCCUGACCCCCCUAAUCGCGUACCUGCUCCUCCUCGCAGCCAAACUCCUCCUCGGCAUGUUCCUCCUCAGCAUCGCGCGGCGGCGGUGCGGAAGCAUGGCCGCGCGGGAAAGGGAGGGCAUGGGCGUUGAAACGGGGGCGAAGCGCGUUGGCGGGUGGGGGGUUGUGGAUGUGGAUGAGGGCGCGAGGCGGUGGAUGUACGAGGGGGAUUCCACUGCGGCGGGGGAGAAGAAGAAGGGUGGCGGUGGGGGGGAGGGGAGGGAGAAGGGGUUGGGGGGCGUGAGUCGGUAUGCGAUGGUGGGGAAGCGGAUUUGGUAGACGACGUGGUAUUGCAAUGGGAUUGCCGUGCUGCUGCGCUGCUGCUACUACUAUUGCUGUCGUUGUUAUCACCGUAGGGUAUGCACGUCAAGUCACCAGUCUCACGCGCGUUCAAUCGCACGAACUCGCCAUCUCGCGUCCUGGCAUUUGUUUGUAAGGCUACUGUGA